UGUAACGUCGUGCAGUUGACCAUCCACCCAUCUUUUUCAAUAACAAUCUAAAAUCUCUCCGUCUCGGAGACGGCCGAUGAACCUACCUAUGCUCCACUAAUCCUUGAAUUCAAAAUAAUGUGACCCUGGUUGUUGAUCAGCAUUCUAGUGGCGACGUUGCUUUCUUCUUGUCCUCCAGUUCACUACUGUAGGCCCAGUCCUGAUUGAUGCUGGAAGCCUGAAGCAAUACGAACGACGGUUGCCACCCAACUCAACUCCGCUCUCGCCUUAUCUUCCCAGGCCUCUCAAGGUCUUGGCCAGGAUAGUCAUCUCACGUUACUUGCUGUUGGUCUGGCAAGAGUCAAGACCUCCUAUCUCAAGCGGACGUCCUACCUGAACUGGACUGUCCUCUUCCUCAUUCGUGUGAGAUCCUAUAAGAAAGAGGGUAACAGCUAGAGUCAGAGUCACAGUCGACCCAUCUCCCAGAAACAGGUCACAAGUUCCAACCACAACCCCCAAAGCCGUCAUGGCGCCUAAGAACCGUGUCAUCAUCGACACCGACCCUGGCGUUGACGAUGUACUAGCUAUCUUGUACGCACUUGCGUCGAAAUCGUCCGAUCUAGAGGUCGUGCUGUUGUCGCUGACUCACGGCAACGUCGACGUCCGGUCAUGUCUACGCAACGUGGUAGCCGUGUUCCACGUGCUGGAGAAAGAACUCGCAUGGCGACGGGAGAAGAAUCUACCCGAAGGAUUCGAAGGGAUCAGGCACUUCAAGCCAAUUGUGGCCAUUGGCGCUGAAGAGCCGCUGCAGGACCAGAUCGAGAGCGAUUUCUUCCACGGCAUCGACGGACUAGGAGGCAUCCACGCGAGCCAUCCACAUCAUUUCACCCCAGAAGAAGAAUGGGCCCAUCUCUUUGAAGAGCCGCCGCCAAACCCUGACCUGACACGACUCGCAGAGUCCACCUCCGCUGGGGGUACCGACCUCCAAAACCCUACGCAAUCAUUCACGCCCUCACUCCUACCCGCACACCAGGAAAUCCUACGGAUUCUGCGCGAAAACGAGCCUGACACCAUCACGCUGGUGUCGAUCGGUCCAUUGACGAAUUUUGCAUUGGCAGCGGCCGAAGACCCGGAGACGUUCUUACGGUGCAAGGAAGUGGUGUCCAUGGGAGGCACGGUGGUGGAUCUGGUUGGCAACGUGACGCCAGUGGCCGAAUUCAAUGUCUACGCAGACCCCUAUGCAGCGGCACGUGUAUACGCGCUGACGAGCCCGAACCCAGCGUCGACGAUGCCACCGCCAGCCAAAACCGAUGCACCGUCGGCGCGUCUACCCCCUUAUCCGGCAUCACUGUCGCGCACUCUGAAUCUGCGGCUGAUGGCUUUGGACCUGACUGAGCAUCACAUGCUAAGUCGCAGACAGCUUACACAGGCCGCAAGCGAAUUGGCCGCCGCCGGCUCGCCGCUCGCACAGUGGAUGAUGUCGUUCAUGACGCCUAUGCUCGACAAGAUGGAGCGGCUGCAUCUCGGCCAUGAAGGCGACGGCGCCGCUCUCGCCCUCCAUGACCCGAUGUGUCUCUGGUGGGUUACGAGCCAGACACAUCCGGGCUGGGUUGCCAGCGAGAAGAGUCCUGAAGACGUGCGUAUCGAGACCCAAGGCCAGUGGACUCGCGGUAUGACUGUUGGGGACCGUCGCGCUCGUCGUCGUCGUGGCAGUGAUGGUGAGCGGUCCUACGACCGAGAUAAUUGGCUCGGAAACUUGUCGGGAAACCGUGUCUAUCGCAUGGUCAAGAGUCCUGGCGUGGAUCUUGCUGCCGUUGAGUUUCUUGACACGAUACUCGGUGUCAAGGAUAAAUAAGUGAAAGACCCGUCCUUGAAUAGAUGGAUUGAUGGAGGGAUCGAAUGAUGGAUGGAUGGAUGUGGCAUGUUGUGCCAUGCUUUUCAUCAAUUGGGUAUUGGGGGAUAUGGCUUCCCUCAUGUUUUCUCUUAUGAGCGAUUCACUCCAAUUGGCCUUCUCGACUACCUAACUGCCAAACCAUGAUUGAAUGCGACUGAUGAGGCAUGACUGUGUGAAAACUCAUCCUAUUAUCACUUCCACUACGUCUCGCUGAUACUAUUCCAAACGCUACAAUGCUAUCAUCCUACACUUGGCCACUCCCGUCAAUAUUUCUAGUCCAGACCAAACCAAGACCCC